AUGAUAGUCAAAAGCAAGGCCCAUUCUGAUCACCCAGCCGACCUAAGGGAGACGCUGAGCACACUGAGGAAGUAUCGUAUGAUGCUCAACCCUAAGAAGUGCGUCUUUGGGGUAAAAGGGGGCAAGUGCCUCGGAUUUCUGGUUGAUGAAAGGGGUAUUGAAGCCAACCCCGAUAAGAUAAAAGCAGUACUGGAGAUGAAAUCCCCUCGGAAUGUCAGGGAAGUGCAGCGCCUAACCGGUUGUCUAGCUGCUCUCGGACGAUUCCUAUCACGGUCGGCUGAUAAGAGCCUCUUCUUCUUCAAGGCCCUUAAGAGAAAAGAGUUCACCUGGGACGAGGAGGCUGAGCAAGCCUUCACCUCCCUCAAACUUGAUCUUUCAACACUCCCAAAACUUAUGUCCCCCUUACCGGGGGAAACAUUGUUCAUAUACCUGGCCGUAUCGAAAUACACCCUAAGUGCCAUGCUAGUGGCCGAAAGGGAAAGGACACAACACCCGAUCUACUUCAUUAGCCAUGCCUUUCGAGGGGCAGAAGCAAAAUACAACGAGGUGGAAAAAAUGGUCUUUGCCCUCGUCAUGGCUAGUAGAAAGCUGAAACCUUAUUUUCAGGCCCACCAGAUCAAAGUCCUCACCGGACAACUCCUUCCUAAGGUGAUAGAAAGCAGGAACCACUCCAGUCGGAUGACAGACUGGGCAGACCAAUUGGCCGAUUUUGGUUUGGAAUAUGAACCCAGAAGAGCCAUAAAAGCUCAAGCAUUGGCAGAUUUUACAACUGAAUGCACAACUCGGCCCCCGGUCGGCCAGAGAGAAGAGUGGGAAUUGUAUGUGGAUGGUUCCUCCACCAAGUCGGGAUGCGGAGCGGGGCUAGUGCUCAAACCCCCGAUCGGAGAGAAAAUGGAGUAUGAAAUCAAGUUCGAAUUCCUGGGGUCAAACAAUGAAGCAGAAUAUGAAGCUCUCAUCCUAGGACUUCAGCUUUGCAUUUUGGCAGGAGCUACAGCCAUUGAGGCCCGAUCAGACUCUCAACUUAUAGUGGGUCGGGUCUCAGGAGAGUACGAAGCCAAGGAGGAUAACAUGAGAAUGUACCUGGCCAAAGCCCAAGAGUUCAUCAAAAAGCUCUCCCAUUUCCAUAUCAGCCACAUACCCAGGUCGGAAAAUCAACAAGUCGAUGCUCUAGCUCGCAUGGCCAGCUCGGCAGAGGGGUCAGCUCCUCGGACCAUCAUGUGGGAGGUACUUCGCCAGCCAAGCAUAAAUGCCAAAGAACAGUUGAUUCUAGACCGAACAUCUACUUGGAUGGAUGAAGUGGUCGGAUAUUUAAGGGAGGGAAUCCUCCCAGCAGAUGCCAAGGAAGCCGAAAGGAUCAAGCACCGAGCAGGUUGGUUCCUAUGGCACGAUGAGCAGCUCUACAAAAAAUCGUACACGCACCCACUUCUGAAGUGUGUAACUCCCGAGGAAGGAAACUACAUCCUAAGGGAAAUACACCAAGGGGCAUCUGGCAGCCAUCAAGGGGGGAGAACUAUAGCUGGAAAAGCUCUAAGGGCUGGAUACUACUGGCCUACUCUCAAGGCAGAUGCACAAGAACUGGUGAAUAGAUGCCCAUCUUGCCAAAUCCAUUCAGAUAUCCCCAGAGCCCCAGCCACCCCUCUCACUUCCAUUCAAGCAGUUCUGCCAUUCGACAAAUGGAGCAUGGAUCUACUCGGCCCCUUUCCCCCAGCAUCAGGUUAG